CCAGAGAAAGACGUGUCCGGGGCCGGGAAGGAGAAUCGAGGUUCGGCGCGGGCGGGGACGAGAAGCAGCGCUCGGGCACGCGGGGACGGCAGCCGGCGCGGGCGGGCGCGGCCUUUGUCUCCUCCUCUGGCGCUCUCCGUGGCUGCACCCGCCCCAUGAGCCCGCGGUCCCCCAGCGCCUGAGCCGCCCGCAGCCCCUGACCUGCCCUGCCCUCGCAAUGGCCGAAACUGCCUCCGGCGCCGGGGGCACGUCCCUGGAGGGUGAGCGUGGCAAGAGGCCCCCGCCGGACGGCGAGCCUGCAGCCCCGGCGUCCGGAGUUCUGGAUAAGCUUUUUGGGAAGCGGCUCCUGCAGGUGGGUCGGUACCUGGUGUCCCACAAGGCAUGGAUGAAGACGGUGCCCACGGAGAACUGCGACGUGUUGAUGACCUUCCCAGACACGACCGAUGACCACACGCUGCUAUGGCUGCUGAACCACAUCCGCGUGGGCAUCCCCGAGCUCAUCGUGCAAGUCCGCCACCAUCGCCACACGCGUGCCUACGCCUUCUUCGUCACCGCCACGUAUGAGAGCCUACUCAGAGGGGCCGACGAGCUGGGCCUGCGCAAAGCAGUGAAGACUGAGUUUGGCGGGGGCACCCGCGGCUUCUCCUGCGAGGAGGACUUCAUCUACGAGAAUGUGGAGAGUGAGCUGCGCUUCUUCACCUCCCAGGAGCGCCAGAGCAUCAUCCGCUUCUGGCUGCAGAACCUCCGUGCCAAGCAGGGAGAGGCACUGCACAAUGUGCGCUUUCUGGAGGACCAGCCAAUCAUCCCUGAACUGGCGGCCCGCGGGAUCAUCCAGCAGGUGUUCCCAGUCCACGAGCAGCGCAUCCUGAACCGCCUCAUGAAGUCAUGGGUGCAGGCUGUGUGUGAAAACCAGCCUCUAGAUGAGAUCUGCGACUACUUUGGCGUGAAGAUUGCCAUGUACUUCGCCUGGCUGGGUUUCUACACAUCGGCGAUGGUGUACCCGGCGGUCUUCGGCUCUGUCCUGUACACAUUCACAGAGGCUGAUCAGACAAGCCGGGAUGUAUCCUGCGUGGUCUUUGCCCUCUUCAACGUGGUCUGGUCAACGCUCUUCUUGGAGGAGUGGAAACGGAGGGGAGCAGAGCUGGCCUACAAGUGGGGGACGCUGGACUCACCCGGGGAAGCUGUGGAGGAGCCACGGCCCCAGUUCAGGGGCGUGCGGCGCAUCAGCCCCGUGACUCGGGCCGAGGAGUUCUACUACCCGCCCUGGAAGCGGCUGCUUUUCCAGCUGCUUGUGAGUCUCCCCUUGUGCCUCACCUGCCUGGCCUGUGUGUUCCUGCUCAUGCUCGGCUGCUUCCAGCUGCAGGAGCUGGUGCUGAGUGUGAAGGGGCUGCCCCGUCUCGCCCGCUUCCUGCCCAAAGUCAUGCUGGCCCUGCUGGUCAGUGCAAGCGCCGAGGGCUACAAGAAGCUGGCCGUCUGGCUCAAUGACAUGGAGAACUACCGGCUGGAGAGCGCCUAUGAGAAACACCUCAUCAUCAAGGUUGUCCUGUUCCAAUUCGUCAACUCAUACCUGAGCCUCUUCUACAUUGGCUUCUACCUCAAGGACAUGGAGCGCCUGAAAGAGAUGCUGGCCACUCUGCUGAUCACCCGCCAGUUCCUCCAGAAUGUUCGAGAGGUCUUGCAGCCGCACCUGUACCGGCGGCUGGGCCGUGGCGAGAUUGGCCUGCGGGCUGCCUGGGAGCUGGCCCGUGCCCUGCUUGGCCUACUGAGCCUCCGGCGCCCUGCACGCCACCUCGAAGCCCAGGCUGAAGAGGGUGUCGGUGGCAGCAGCGGUGGGGGGGGCCGCAGGUGUCUCAGUGGGGCCUGCGGGGCACCUGAGGAGGAGGAGGAGGCCACCAUGGAGCGUCGGCCAGCGGGGGAAGGUGGGGAGGUAGGGGACGGGCCUCGGGGGGGCAGGGAGGAGGAGGAGGACGAGGAGGAGGAGGAGGACGAAGAGGAGGAAGACGAGGAGGAGGAAGGCGAGGAGGGCGGCCUCCUGGACUGCGGGCUUCGGCUGAAGAAGGUCAGCUUUGCUGAGCGGGGGGCUGGGCGGCGGCGGCUGGGCCCAAGCCCGGAGGCCCUCCUGGAGGAGGGGAGCCCCACCAUGGUGGAGAAGGGGCUGGAAGCUGGCGUGUUCACGCUGGCCGAGGAGGACGAUGAGGCCGAGGGGGCUCCCAGCAGCCCUGAACGGGAGCCCCCGGCUGUCCUGCUCCGCCGGGCCAGAGGUGAGGGCCGCGACCAGGGCCCCGAUGGGGGCCCAGACCCAGAGCCGGGCUUGGGUGACUCAGCCCGGAAGCAGCGGCGGCAGAACCGGUCAUCUUGGAUCGACCCACCCGAGGAGGAACACUCAGCCCAGCUCACCCAGGCUGAGCUCGAGAGCUGUAUGAAGAAAUACGAGGACACGUUCCAGGACUACCAGGAGAUGUUUGUGCAGUUUGGCUACGUCGUGCUCUUCUCGUCUGCCUUCCCCCUGGCUGCCCUCUGCGCCCUCAUCAACAACCUCAUCGAGAUCCGCAGUGACGCCCUCAAGCUGUGCACGGGGCUGCAGCGGCCCUUUGGGCAGCGGGUGGAGAGCAUUGGCCAGUGGCAGAAGGUGAUGGAGGUCAUGGGCGUCCUGGCAAUCGUAGUCAACUGCUAUCUAAUUGGCCAGUGUGGGCAGCUGCAGCGCCUCUUCCCCUGGCUCAGCCCCGAGGCGGCCAUCGUGUCCGUGGUGGUGCUUGAGCACUUCGCUCUGCUUCUCAAGUACCUCAUCCACGUGGCCAUCCCCGACAUCCCGGGCUGGGUGGCUGAGGAGAUGGCCAAGCUGGAGUACCAGCGCCGGGAGGCCUUCAAGAGACAUGAGCGCCAGGCCCAGCACCGCUACCAGCAGCAGCAGCGGCGGAGGCGAGAGGAGGAGGAACGCCAGCGCCACGCAGAACAUCAUGCCCGCAGGGAGCGCGACGCCAGUGGCCGGGAGGAAGCUCGGGCUGAGGGCUCCGGGUUGGACCCUGCUGCCCCAGAGAAGGCCUCGGCCAAGGCCAAGGGCAGUGGGGCAGCAGGAGGCCAUGGGCCGGAGCGGCCCAAGCGCCCGGGGUCCCUGCUGGCACCUAACAACGUCAUGAAGCUGAAGCAGAUCAUCCCACUGCAGGGCAAGUUCCUGUCGUCCGGGGCUGCAUCCUCGCUGGCCGGCGCGGGGGCCAACCUCACUGCCCGGCCGCCCCCUGCCCCGUCUCCCACAGGCAGUGACACCCGCCUGCCGGCCUUCCUCAGCUUCAAAUUCCUCAAGUCACCCGAGACCCGGCGGGACCCAGAACGUAGCCACUCGCCGCCCAAGGCCUUCCACGCCAGCAAGCUCUUCCCCUUCGGCGGGGCCCGGGCUGAGGCCGGGUCCAACGGGGCGGGCGGGCAGGCCCGGCAGGACGGGACCCCCAGCGGUGGCAGUGGUGGUAGCCGAGCCCAGCGGAGUGGGCCGGCAGACGAGGCCGCAGCUGAGGAGCCGGACACACCCCGGCCCGAAGAGGAAGGCUCAGGGACAGCGCCGGCCCCGGUGGGCGCCCCAGCCCUCCGCACCCGCCGCAGCCGGAGCCCUGCGCCGCCGCCGCCGCCGCCGCCGCCGCCGCCGCCAACACCGCUGCCCCGGCCCCCGACGCCACCCGCCGGCUGCUGGCAGUGGGACGGGCCGUGGGGCUGCGGGGGCGAGGGCGCCGCCCCCCGCCAGGCCCCUGCCGCCGCCGCCGCCGAGUGUCCGCCCUGCGUCCUCGCCGGGUCCCUGCCCGCCCCGGCAGCUGGCGUCCUGCCGGGGGACGCCAGCUUCUACAGCCUCCCACCGCCGCCGCUGCCUCCCACCUCCGAGCCCCCGGAGCCCCCGGCACCGUCGCCCAGCCCCAGCUCCAGUCCCAGUCCCAGUCCCCAGGCCGUGUGCUGGCCCAGCGGCUGGCAUUAGCUCCGCCCGCCCUGCCUUCCUGUUUUCAUAUGCAAUAUCAAUCACGGACGGGGCGGCAGCCGCCACCCAGAAAACGCUGCUGUCGGUGUAUCCCAGUAUUGGUUGCCCCCUCCUGGGUCAGGGCUGGGGGCCUGGGGCCCCUCUAUCUGCCGUUUUCCUUUUGACCAGGAUGGGGGGAAAGGAAAGGAAACCCCCCCAAAACAACAGAAAACACACACAGAAUAGGCGAUUAUUUAUUUGUUUUUAAUUUAUUUUGUCAUAUUUUUGUAAAACGGCAGAAAUGCAAUAAAAAGUAUA